AUGCCGUCGUCAGGAAAACCCGCUCCCGCUCCCGCGGCAGACGCCAGCAAGGCCGUCGUCCGCGGCGCCUCCCUCCUCAUCAUCCUCCAGAUCGCCUCUCGCGCCGUCACCUUCAUCGCCAAUCAGCUUCUGCUCCGCUUCCUGACCGCCCAGCUCCUCGGCGUCUCCACCCAGCUCGAGGUCUACUACCUCUCCGUCCUCUUCUUCGCCCGCGAGAGCCUGCGCGUCGCCGUCCAGCGUCAGGAGACCCGCCCCGGCGCCGGCGGCGCCGGCAAGACCAAGUCCGACAGCGAUGGUGACGGCAAAGACGACCCCGCCGCCCGCCUCGCUCGCGAAAGCCAGGCCGUCAUCAACCUCGGCUACCUCGCCGUCCUGCUCGGCUGCUUCGUCACCGUCGGCCUCGGCUGGCUCUACCUCUCGUCCGCCGACGACGCCACCGCGAGCACCCCCAACUUCCUCCUCGCUCUCCGCCUGUACGCCCUCGCCGCCGUCCUCGAGCUGCUGUCGGAGCCCUGCUUCGUGCUGAUGCAGAGCCGUCUGCGCUUCGCCACCCGCGCCUCCGCCGAGUCCGCCGCCACCUUCCUGCGCUGCAUCGUCACCUUGGCCGCCGCCUUCUGGGCCUCGAGGGCCCGCCUCGAGUUCGGCGUCCUGCCCUUCGCCGUCGGCCAGCUCUCGUACGGCGCCACCCUGCUGCUCAUCUACCUCUGGUCCGCCGUCCGCCUCGCCCGCGCCGACGGCUUCUCCCUCUUCCCCAGCGCCCUCGGCCCGCGCACCGACUACCUCGCCUCCUACUUCUACCGCCCCACCGUCAGCCUGGCCUCCAGCAUGAUGGCCCAGAGCCUCGUCAAGCACGUCCUCACCCAGGGCGACACCUUCCUCGUCUCCGUCCUCUCCACCCCCAAGUCGCAGGGCGUCUACGCCCUGGCCAGCAACUACGGCGGCCUCCUCGCCCGCCUCGUCCUGCAGCCCGUCGAGGAGAGCAGCCGCAGCUACUUCAGCCGCCUCCUCUCCUCCUCCUCCUCCUCCUCCUCCUCCCCCUCCUCCCAAGACACCCAGGCCAAGAAGACGCCCUCCAGGGAGACGCUGGCCACUGCCAGCCAGCACCUCCACACGCUGCUCCGCUUCUACCUGCUGCUCUCGGCCGUCGUCGUGAGCAUCGGCCCCGUCGCCGCCCCGCCGCUCCUGUCCCUGGUCGCCGGCAGCCGCUGGGCCGGCGAGGGCGCCGGCGAGGUCCUCGCCGUCUACUGCUACUACAUCCCGCUCCUCGCCAUCAACGGCGUGGCCGAGGCCUUCGUCGCCUCCGUCGCCUCCGAGGCCCAGGUCCACCGCCAGUCGGCCUGGAUGGGUGCCUUCUCCGUCGCCUUCGGCUCCGCCGCCUUCCUCUUCAUGCGCGUCAUGGACCUCGGCGCCUCGGGCCUCGUCCUCGCCAACUGCAUCAACAUGCUCUGCCGCAUCGUCUGGAGCCUCGCCUUCGUCAAGUCGUACUUUGCCGGCCUGGAAACGCCGUUUGAACUCUUGUCAUUGCAGCCUAACGCCGUCACUUCUAUCCUCUGUCUAUCCGCGCCCCACCUCGUCCGCCGCGCGACCGGUGUCGUCUCGCCCGCCUCGUCCACCUCUUCCUUCAGGGACCUAAUCGCCAUCGGCCUCGCCGCCGUGCCCGUCGUCCUUUUGAUGUAA